AUGGCUGCAACCAAUGUCUUCACAAGUCUUGCUACCACUAAGUCCUUCAAGACGACUUGGAAGAUACAAGUCAAGAUUGUGCAUUCUUGGAAGCAGUAUACGUCUUUCUCUGGAGAAACCUUAGAGGUCAUACUCGCUUAUGUAGAUGGAACUCUGAUUCAUGCAACUAUAAAAAAAAACCAAGUGAACAAGUUUUUCUGGAUGAUAAUUGCUGGAGAGUGGAGAAUCAUCGAGAAUUUUCAGCUUACUAAGUCUAUGGGAAAGUACAGGGCAACGAAUCAUGCAUUUAAGAUGUCCUUAACAAACAGCACAAUCAUUAGCCGUUCUCCUGCACUAUCAGAUGACUGGUAUUUUGAUUUCAAGAGCUUUGAUGAGAUUACUGCUGAAGGAGAUCUUAGUGACAACAUCUUGAUCGAUGUUGGACAGGUCGUUAAAAUUGGUGCUAUGAUAACUCAUGACGUUAAUGGGAAAAUCUCCAAGCGCCUUGAAGUGGUUUUGAGAGACACAAGUGACAAUCGGUUGUCGUGUACCUUAUGGGGGAGAUUUGCCGAUAUCAUGUGGUCAGCGUGUGAACAAGCUGGGAACCAAAUGGUUACUUGUCUGCUACGUCUUGCAAAGAUCAACACGUUUAAUGGUGUGAAAUCCAUAUCUAAUGCAUAUGAUAUGUCCUUGCUAAUCAUCAAUCCUGAUUAUCCCGCUGUGCAGGAUUUUAUUGCAAGGCUACCAAGGGAUGAAGUGACAAUCGCCGUAUUACAACCAAAGCCUGUUGGACCAAAAAAUGAUACUAAGGUUGAUUAUUUCAACCGUGUCGAGAAGAAGACCAUUUCCGAGUUCCUUGAAACCACAACGGAAGGAAAGUUCAAAAUAUUUGGAAAAAUCUUUAAUAUAGACAUGGACUAUGGGUGGUAUUAUUUCACUUGUGUAAAGUGUGAUAAAACUGCUUACUUGGUGCCCAAGAAGGAAUAUGAUGCUAAAAGCAAGAUUAAGACUCGAUUGUUUUCGUGCAAGAAGUGUAAUGAGAUCACAUCUAAUGUUCUCCCAAGCGAGACUUACCACGUUGACAAUAUAGAGGAUUCAGAGCAAGCACUUGACUCCUCAGCUGUUGUCUCCAAUGAUCAGGUUGAGAUUGACGACGGUAUUGGUACCUCUAACACUACUCCAUCUUCAAAGCGUAAGGAAGGAGAAAGUGAUGAUUUGUUGGAGCAGUCAUCAUCAUCAAAGAAAUUUUGUGUCAAGUCCAUUGGCCUGAAGAUUGAAAAAGAAGCUGAUGAGGAAGAUGGAAAAGCUUAA